AAGCAAAUGAGAACCAAAGCAAGAAGAAGCAAGCAGCACGGCACCGGCAGCAGAAUGCCUCGUGGUAACUUUGGAUGCGUGCAGUGUGGAACGCGCAGCAACCCCUGCCGGUGCAAGGUGCUGGGGCCUACCUUGGGGGUCGUGGCCUUCGCCGUGGCGGCGGUCGUGGAGUGGCCUGUGGGGGCUGUCGUUUACAUCUUCAAACACAUGAAGGGUCGCCGGAUCAUGGCUCAUCCCGCCACCCAUGUCUACCCCAAAGUUUCCAGAUGCAUUCCCAUUUGAAUGAUGAUUUGAUCCAUCAUCGUCCGCUGCUGCUUACUUAAUUCCGUGUACUUGUACUAUUUAUUGCUCCUUAAUUUAGUCUGCGUGUAAUAACAAACUGAAUGUAAUGAAAUGGGUUUCUAAUUUUAUAUACAUCCUACUCAUAUCAUGUCUUCCCA